AUGCCUUUCGAGCUCCGUCUGAUGGUGUGGAAACUGAGCUUGCCAGGACCGCGCACCAUCACCAUCUUAGAGAAGAGCAAGAAAACCUACCGGAUCAACUCGGCUGCCAUCUCAACUCCACUUCUUCACGUCUGCCACGAGUUGCGCGAGUUGGCUCUCAAGAGAUACACAGCUGCCUUCGAAUCUGAUCACCACGAGCCGUUUUACUUCGACUUCGAGUCAGAUUCACUUAACUUUCCUACCUUGGCAUCCAUGUCAUAUUUUCGUGCCUGGAAGGAGAUGACAGCGCUAGGAAGUGUGCCUCAAGCUCUUGGCCAAAGGGUAUCAUUGGGAAGACUCAGAUACUUGAAGUUCUCAUAUUACAACGCAAAAUCGCCCUGGAACACCAUUCCAUUGCUGAUUUACCGUGGCAUGUAUAGCUUGACCAAUGUCUUCAUUCAAAAAUCCUCAACAACUCAGACUCGCGGACGAGGAGCCUCUACAGAGCGGAAAGCAUGGGUAGAGGCUGAUAUCAAGUGGGCAGUGAGUGCAAUGAGAAAGGGGCAGUCGAGUGUCUCUCACCUUCAAUCCGUCAAUGUGACUUUCUUGUCAGGUCCGGAAAUGGCAGCGAAGAUCAGAGUCGAGACUCUUGAAUAG